CUGUUCCCCUGGGGUUGGGGUGAGAUCCAGGGCAUCGCCAAUCGCACCGAUUUCGAUCUCAAAGCGCACUCAGAGCGCAGCGGCCAUUCGCUGACAUACUUCGACCAGGCGGAGAAUAGACGCUUUACGCCGUAUGUCGUCGAGCCGGCAGCAGGCGUGGACCGAGCGGUAAUGACCUUCCUGGUGGACGCAUACACGGAAGAAGAAGCGCCCACCGCGAGUGGCGGUACGCAGAAGCGCGUGGUGCUGAAGUUGCACCCGGCAAUCGCUCCGGUCAAGGUAUCGGUGUUGCCGCUCAGCCGCAACGAAAGACUCGUUCCACUUGCGCGUGAGGUGUACGACACAGUGCGGCGCAGCGGCGCGGUUGACGGCUUCGUGCAAUACGAUGACGCGCAGAGCAUCGGCAGGCGCUACCGCCGACAGGACGAAAUAGGCACGCCGCUCUGCAUCACAGUCGAUUUCGACUCUCUCGACGACAACGCGGUAACCAUCCGCGACAGGGACACAAUGGAGCAGGCUCGCAUACCGAUCGCCUCGCUCGAAGUUGAAUUGGGCGCACGGCUGCAAGUGUAG